GUGAGAGAAACAGAGACCAUGGAUGCCCAAUGGCUUAACUACCCUGGCUCUGGAGACCUGCCAGAUGACGAAGACAUUGGUGAAUUCACACCUCACUUAACUUCUGAUAAGUUUGAUAUAGAUGACGUAUCUGGCUCUGGAGACUACUCGGAUUCUGAUGAUGCCAUGUACCUGACCACUGUGGAUACUCCUGCGAUAUCUGACAACUUUAUCCCUGGAGAUACAGAGAGAAAGAUAGAGGGUGAGAAGAAAAACACCAUGCUGGACAAUGAAAUCAUUCCAGACAAAGCUUCACCUGUUGAAGAGAACCUGUCCAACAAGAUCUCCAUGGCAAGCACAGCCAACAGCAGCAUCUUUGAAAGAACAGAAGUUCUUACAGCUCUCAUUGCAGGAGGAGCAGUUGGCCUGCUGUUUGCUGUCUUCCUGAUCCUCCUCUUAGUCUAUCGCAUGAAGAAAAAGGAUGAAGGCAGCUACGACCUUGGGAAGAAACCAAUCUACAAGAAAGCCCCUACAAAUGAGUUCUACGCUUAAAGCUCAGCGGUGCUCUGUGCCCCUUGAGGGACAAAUGGACUGUAUGGAAA